ACCGGAAACUGCACUGAGGAUUGUGGGUUGGCGGCAUCAAUGCGACUCAUCUUCAGACAAGUGCGACAGUUUGGGAAAAUGGCAUCAGAGGCAAAGAGAGCCAAGCUAACCGCAGAGGAGAGAGACUCUGUCCUCUCACCUCUAAAAUCAGCUGGCUGGGUCAUGGUGGAUGGGAGAGAUGCCAUUUACAAAGAAUUCAUGUUCAAGAAUUUCAACCAGGCCUUUGGUUUUAUGACCAGAGUGGCCCUCCUGGCAGAAAAGAUGGACCACCAUCCAGAGUGGUUCAAUGUCUACAAUAAGGUUCAGAUAACACUGAGCACUCAUGAUGUCAGUGGUCUGUCGGACAAAGAUGUGAAGCUGGCCAACUUCAUUGAAAAGGCAGCCCAAGUCCAGUAACCAUUGAUACAUGUAACCAUGGGUACAAGUUGCCAUGGAAACAUGGUAACUAAUUUCAUUCCACUCAACAGCAUAAUAGCAGUGCAUUUUUGAUUGUGUUCAUCUACUAGUAUUAAAAUGUAUUUAAGAAGUGUCAUUUUUUGUGAUUGCUAAGGUAUCAUGUAAGUGCUUCAUGCUCUUUUCAAAACAUCUUUUGAAGCAACACAAAUGGGAUCCUCUAAGUUUUCAUCAAUAUUAAAAUAAAAGAAUGUAUUAUGAAGCUUAAAAUAUUUGAAUAGUGUCCUUUUUGGCAAUUCGGUAACUUAAACAAUAUCUCCACAGUUUUAUAUUGAUAUUUUUUUCAAUGAGUAUGAAUUCAUGCAUUAACAUGUUAUCUGGCUGAUCAAUAUUUAAGUGACCGGGGGCCCUGUUUAACAAAAGCAAUUUAGAUGAAAAAAUUGGUCUAAACUUUUUAUCUAUCCAUAUAGGUUGUCCACUUCACUCCCAUUUGCUUUCAAAUUGUUGACUAAUGAUUUAAUAGGGUUAUUAUACCUUGACACCAGAUAUAGUCCACAUAAAAGUUUUAGUAAUAGAACCAUGAACUUUGUUAGAGAUCAAUACUUGAGUGAAUUACUCUGAAUUUAUCUCACUGACACUGAAGUAGACCAAGUUCUUGUGUUCUAAAAGUUUAGACCAAUUUUUGGGCUAAUGUUCUUUUGUUAAAACAGCCCUGUUGUUAGCUUUUAUUUAGCUUUAAUUUAGAGAUAUAUAGCUAUUUGGUAUAAAUAUUUUGAUGUGUUAAAACACAUUAGGACACUGAUUUAUGGAAUUAACUUUUUGUCUUGUUCAGAAGAGUCAGUUUAGGGGAUCUUUCUAAAUAUGUGUUUUU